AUGGAAGCACUCAGCGCUGCGCUUUUACUGGUUCUGUUCACUUUGGGGAAUGCCACACCACUUACAACCGUGACCCAGGUCCCACGGACGGAGGAGGACGUGUUCCGAGAGGCCGUGACCGAUGGCUUCAUUGUGGACCAUCCGCUUCUCAUCUUUCAGACCACGCCAGCCCCCAACAACCAGACCACCGACCAGCCACAAAGCACCACAGAGGAGGCAGAGGAGGGCAGUGGAGGGGAGAGUUCUGAGGGAAGAGCGAUGGGGGAGAGUCCUGUGGGCCAAAGUACCAUCCAACCCACCUUCAGUCCCGCUACUGCUACUCCAGGCAUCGUCGUCAUGGAGAUCACAGAAAUAACUAUUUUGUUGAAUGAGCAGCCGGAAGACCCAACAGAGCCAAGUGAAGCCAUUGGAGCAGCGGAGAACCUCACCCUGACUGAUCUUCUGGGCUGGGGGUAUGGCGAGGCAGCAGACUCCACUGAGGACCCCAGCUCAACAGUUGUCCCCAGCUCAACAGAGAUCACCACCACCUCUGUGACCCCCAUCACCUCUGCUGCUGACAUCGACCUGUUCCAUCUUCCUGAGGGCUCUGGAGAGUCCAAGGAACCUCUAUCCAACACCACCGAGGCAUACAUCGAACGAAGAGUGAAGCCUAGGAUGUUAAACGAAAUUCCAGAGUUUGCAAAGGUCGCUGAACGAGAGCGUGAACCUCAGUGGCUGCAGGAGGAAGACCCACAUUUGACAAACAAGGGACACGUCACACCAGACUGGAUCAUCAUCGUGGGCUUCCUGAUGGGUCUGACCGCCUUGGUGAUAAUCCUCGCUGCUAUUGCCACAAGAGAAAAGUGGAAUGGUCCGCACCAGUUCAACCAGACACUUACACCAGCUGACCAGCAGAAGGCAAUAGAGAUGGAGGAGUUUAUUCACAGGGAGCACCCUCGGGAGAACGGCAUGGAGGAGGAGUACACGGUCAUUCCUCUGCACGAGCUGCCGGACAACUAUGCAUAA